GCAGUCAUAGGAGCGGGCGUAAGCGGCAUUUCCACAGCAGUGCAUCUUCAACGAGCCGGGUUGGACGUCACCGUGUACGAGCGCAAUAAUAAGGCUGGUGGUAUCUGGUAUGGGAUCUACGAUGAGCGAACAUCGAAAGAUGCUGCGUACCCAUCGGUCUUACCUUCAUCAGAUAAGAAGCAGGCCGAGGACGAGGACUUCGAAGACGUCUCGUUGAGCUUCGCACCACCCGGUCCAUGCUAUAAUUCGCUCACAAACAAUGUCUCGACGAUCGAGAUGGAAUUGUCCUGCCAGAAGUUCAAUGAAGGUACUACAGAGUUCACCCAACAUCCGAUCUUCGCGGAGUAUCUCCAAGACACUGUGCAGAAUACCGGAAUUUCGGAUAUGAUCCGCUUCAACACGAGAGUGAAUCUGGUGGAGAAGACCGGCGAGAAAUGGAGAGUCGAUGUCUCGACGCUUGCUCGCGACGGCUCGAAGGCUGUGCUGGAAGACAGUUCCAGUCAGACAUUCGAUGCUGUCGUCGUUGCGAACGGAAACUAUCACGCUGUCAACAUUCCAGACAUCCCAGGCCUUGCAGAGUGGAAGAAGAGCUUUCCCGAGCGAGUAAGGCAUUCCAAGCUGUAUCGCACACCGGACGAGUUCAAGGGCCAGAAUGUGCUCAUCAUCGGCGCCGGAGUCUCCAGCGCGGACCUUGCGCGCGAAAUCGGUGCUGUAGCCAACGCGGUUCUGCGUUCCAGCAGAGGAGGGCAGUAUGAUCUCCCGUCGGCCAUUCUUCCGGACAAUGGCGCGAGUAUCGCUCAAGUUCAGAGCUUUGGCGUGCUGAACUCCUCAGAACUGGCGGCUGAUGGCACCAUCCCUGGGAGUUUUACACUGGAAUCUGGCGAGACGAUCUGCGGUAUCCACGCUGUGAUUUUGGCGACAGGCUAUCACGUCUCGCUUCCUUUCUUGCCGCAGUACCACGCCGACGGCCUGAACCCAGAAGACGCCGACGAAGAAGUCCUCAUCACCGACGGACGGCAGACGCACAACCUGCACAAGGACAUUUGGUACAUCCCAGAUCCGAGCCUGGCUUUCAUAGGCGUCCCGUACCACAUCGCAACAUGGUCUCUUUACGAGCAUCAAGCAAAAGCGCUGGCAGCAAUCUGGUCCGACCGAUCAUCUCUCCCCUCAGAGCAGGAAAUGCGAGAGGAGUACAUCGCACGUCUGAAAGCCAAGGGUUCCGGACGACCAUUCCAUUCCUUGAAGGCGGCCAACGCAGAGCCCGAGUACUGCGAGCAAUUGGCGGACAUGGUCAACAGUCGAAGUAGAGAUGGCACGACGUUGGUGCCACCUCGUUCGGAGACCUGGCUGGAGGCGUACGCUCGUCGACAGGCGUGGUUGGCGGGUUUCAAAGGCCCAGGUCGUGAUCCAAUGCUGGAUGAAAAGGCUUUGGGACUGCUUCCUGGUUGCUGA